AUGGCGCCAUCAACAUCAUCGAAAGGGAAAUCUCUCACACUGAAGGCUCUACAAACGAAGCUGAAAGGAUUGCAGACCUCAUUCAAUAAUAUGUACCAAUUCAUCGAGCAGUGUACGGUAAACUCCAAGGCCAGUGAGUUUUCGGUACGGCUGGAACGUCUAGAACCGCUGUGGGAUAAAAUGAAUGACGCCGUCGAUGACGUAGCGGCACAUGAGGAUAAUGUGGAUACGGAAUCGACCGUUAAGGAUAGAUUGGAGUUCGAAAACCGAUUUUUUGAAUUGAAGUCGUUUUUGCUCGAUAGACUGAAAGAUGACCCGGAGGCCUCGGCUCUAAAUCAGUCGACCAGAAUGAACGACACAGCUCAGAUACGCGCGCCACAUGCAAAGUUGCCGCAGAUAAGUUUGCCAAAAUUUGGGGGAAAAAUCGACGAUUGGCUCAAUUUCCGCGACCUCUAUAUGUCGCUUAUUCACUGGCAAACGGAUCUUCCAGAGGUGGAAAAAUUUCAUUAUUUGAGAAGCCAACUGGAAGGAGAAGCGUUAAAUCUCGUAAACACUCUACCACUCACCAAGGCAAACUAUAUGGUGGCUUGGGAUAUGCUAGUUCAGCGGUACUCAAACACGAAGUUAUUAAAGAAGAGGAAAAUUCAGGCCCUGUUCGAGCUAUCUUCUAUAAAAAGGGAAUCCGCCGAAGAAAUGCAUUCGCUGCUUGAGUCGUUUGAAGCAAUUGUGAAGUCUCUUGAUCACAUCGUCUCCCAGCCAGAAGAUUAUAAGGACUUACUGUUGCUCCACAUGUUAAGCUCGCGGCUUGACAGUUCCUCAAGAAGGAGUUGGGAAGAUCUGUCUUCAUCAAGGGAAGAUGAGACACUGAAGGAUUUGACAGAUUUCAUGCGCAGGAGAAUUCAAAUGUUAGAAGCUAUAUCGACUAAGCAGGAAACAAUCAAGAAUGAUUCAGCUCAACUCAGCAAAAGGAAAUUCCCAUUGUCGACUAAAAUAUGCAACGCUGCAUUUCAAGCAUCUUCGUCCAAAGGUUGUCCGGCCUGUCCAGAAACCCAUCCGUUGUAUCAGUGUUCGGUUUUCAAGGGUAUGCCUGUACACGACAAGGAGAAUCUUUUGCGAACAAAUUCUCUAUGUCGCAACUGUUUUAGACGUGGACACCAGGCAAAGGAAUGUUCCUCCAAAUACACGUGCCGAAGGUGCAAGGGCAGGCACCACACGUUAGUUUGUUUCAAGGAUGACGGUAAACCGAACAAUUCCAAUACAAGUUCCAAGGAUUCUACUGAUAAGGCGACAGAGGAGGGAUCUUGUAGCAGUAGUAGCAACGUAAAUGUAGCAGCUGUCCAGGUUGUAAGCUGUAACUCUGUUCAUGUUCCUAUUACGGGUGUAAUGCUUCUUACGGCUAUGGUGAUGGUUCAGGACGAGUCCGGAUGUGAGUACCCGGCAAGGGCAUUGUUGGAUUGUGCGUGUCAAUGCGAUCUGGUCUCUAAAAGGUUCAGUACAAUCCUCAAAUCAAAAAGGCGAACAACGGAUUUGGACGUUAUCGGAGUCAAUGGGAAGGUAGAAAAGGUUACCAACUACGUCAGAGUUGUCAUCAAGUCUCGAGUUUCUGAUUUCCAAAUACCAGUGGAGCUCAACAUACACCCUCGUUUGUCCACGAUUAUACCGGGUAUCCCAACGAGCACGAGUGGAUGGAAAAUACCACAAGGACUUAAGCUUGCGGAUCCUUCAUUCUUCGAGUCGCAUCAGGUGGAUUUAAUACUCGGAGGGGGAUCAUUUUUCGACUUCUUUCGUACUGGACAACGCAUAUCUCUUGGGGAUACACUGCCACUCUUGGUAGAGUCUGUUUUCGGAUGGGUAGUCAGUGGAAGGUAUCCGGUUAUGCACAAUAAUCGUACGGCGGCCUGUAAUGUUGUAAUUUCGGAUAGUUUGGAGGAGCUUUUGACCCGUUUCUGGCGAUGUGAGGAGAUUAGUCAAGAUUACACUUACUCGCCGGAGGAGAUACAAUGUGAGGAACAUUUCAAGCAAACAUUUCAACGAAAAAGUGACGGCCGAUAUGUUGUAUCACUCCCGAAGCACAAGGACACGUUUCUGAGGCUCGGCGAUUCCAGGACCAUUGCACAGCGUAGAUUUAUACAGAUGGAAACACGACUCCAGAGAAAUCCGGAUUUAAAACGUCAGUACCACGAAUUUAUGAAUGAGUACGAGCAACUUGGACACAUGCGGCUGGUUCCGGAAGCUGAUGUAAAUAAAGUGCAACGUUGCUACCUGCCUCAUCAUCCAGUUGUGAAGGAGUCCAGUGCGACAACUCGUGUGAGGGUAGUAUUUGAUGCUUCAUGCAAAACAGCAUCCGGCGUGUCCUUAAAUGAUGCACUGCUCGCGGGACCGGUCAUACAAGACGACCUGCGAAGCAUAAUCCUGCGAUGUCGAACACGGUUGGUGAUGCUUGUCGCGGACGUGGAAAAGAUGUUCCGCCAGAUAAACAUCAAUGGUAGUGAUGCCCCGCUUCAGUGUAUACUAUGGCGCUCGAAACCAGAAGUGCCACCUUCAACGUAUGAGUUGACCACCAUCACAUACGGUACAAAACCAGCGCCGUUUUUGGCGACUCGGACAUUGAAGCAGCUUGCUUUGGACGAGGCGAAUAGGUUCCCAUUGGCUGCAAGGGCAGUAAUAGAAGAUUUUUACAUCGAUGAUGCCAUCACAGGUACCAACGAUCCAGCACAGGCAACCGCAUUAAGGAUUCAGUUGGACGGGCUGCUGAGAAGUGGCGGUCUUCGACUUCGGAAAUGGGCAUCGAAUUACCCUGAGGUGCUAGAAGGAGUCAACGCAGAUGACUUAGCGAUAUCGAUAGCAGACGGGAUAGAGCUGGAACCAGAUCCAUCAGUCAAAACACUUGGUUUAGUUUGGUAUCCCACCACCGAUGUCUUUGCUCUUCAGAUUCAGGUUCCACAAAUUACAAUCGACCUAAAGCUCACCAAACGAAUGGUGCUGUCUUUCAUAGCCAUGUUGUUCGAUCCUCUGGGUCUCAUAGGCGCAGUAAUAACCACAGCGAAGGUGUUCAUGCAGAUGUUGUGGAGGCUUGAAAAUGAAAAGCAGGAAAGGCUUGAUUGGGAUUCCAGUUUACCUGCAAGGGUGGAAAUAAAUUGGCGCGCAUUUCAUGAACAAAUUCCACUUUUGAAGCAGAUUCGAGUCGAUCGAAGGGUGACGAUUUCAGAAAUGGCAGGAAUGGAAAUUCAUUGUUUUUCCGACGCCUCUCAGAAGGCAUAUGGGGUCAAUCUAUACAUUCGGUCUUGGGACUCAGAAGGACGAGUUAAAACAGCGUUGUUUGCUUCUAAGUCCAGAGUGGCUCCGUUGAAAAGUCAAUCUAUUCCGCGCCUCGAGCUCUGUGGUGCUUUGAUGGCAGCGGAAUUAUACGCGAAGGUAAAGGAAGCAGUAAGGUUCACGGGUGAUGCCUAUUUUUGGACAGACUCAACGACAGUCCUGCAAUGGUUGCGUGCUGUACCCACAGUUUGGACAACUUAUGUCGCCAACAGGGUGGCGAAGAUUCAAAGCAUCACAGAAAACUGUACCUGGAGGCAUGUACCAGGUAUUCAAAAUCCGGCAGACCUAAUAUCGCGCGGUAUCUUGCCGGAGGAAAUAAUCCUGAAUACAUUUUGGUGGGAAGGCCCGGCGUGGCUUUCUAUCGGAUCUAUGAGUUGGCCUUCUCAAGUUGCUGACCCAGAGGCCGCGGAAGCUGAAGAGGAACGUAAGCGAGCAGUUAUUGGAGCGGUAGUAUCAUGUUCUACGGAGUUCAACAAUUGGUAUUUUGCGCGAUAUUCCAACUACACGGUUUUGAUUAGAACAACGGCAUAUUGUCAACGUUUCAUCAGAAAUUUUCGCAUAAAGUAUCAGACAGGCUUGUCCCUGAGGCCAACCAUAGGAGCGUUAACAACUGAAGAACUACGGAAAGCAGAGCAGACAAUUGUCCAUCGGGUUCAAAAGGAAGCGUUCGCGAAGGCGUAUGAGGCACUGCUUAAGGGAAAACCAGUAUCGAGGCUAUCACCACUACGUUGGUUCCAUCCUCGCUUGUCUUCCAAUGAAGUUAUCCGUAUUGGUGGGAGACUUGGAAAAUCUUACGAAACCGAGGAAGCUAAGCAUCCAAUGGUGCUUCCAGCACGACACCACAUCACCAGGCUUUUGCUGAGGCACUACCAUGAAAAGAUGCUGCAUGCAGGAGUACAACUAUUGCUAAGUGCUAUUAGGCAACGGUUUUGGCCUUUAGGUGGUCGCAGUGUCGCUAAACAGAUCGUCCACAAGUGUAUGCGGUGCUAUCGAACCAAACCAACUACCAUCCGACAAUUUAUGGCAGAGUUACCCACUCCACGUGUCACAGCGGGUCGACCUUUCACGACAACAGGGGUAGAUUAUUUUGGUCCGAUCUACAUUCGUCCAGGAUAUCGUCGAGCAGCGGUGAAAGCAUACGUGUCCGUGUUCGUGUGUUUCGCAACGAAGGCGGUACACCUGGAGUUGGCGGGCGACUUAACUACUUCUUGUUUCAUUCAAGCACUGCGAAGGUUUGUGUCACGGCGAGGUAGGUGUGCAACCAUUUUUUCGGACAAUGGCACCAAUUUUGUUGGAGCCAGGAACCAACUAGCGGAGCUCAUCAGUAAACUGAAGAACAAGCAGCACCACGAGGAGAUCGCGAAAGAAUGUGCAAAGGACAACAUCAACUGGCACUUCAACCCACCGGGAGCACCCCAUUUUGGUGGGUUGUGGGAGGCAGCGGUUCGAUCAGCAAAAUACCAUCUGCUACGGGUUAUGGGAGAUACAGCAGCAUCGUACGAAGACACUCUCACUGUUUUGACUCAAGUGGAAAGUUGUUUAAAUUCGCGUCCUUUGACCCAACUAACGGACGACCCCAAUGAUAUGGAGCCUUUAACACCGGGUCAUUUUUUGGUGGGUGGAGCACUACAGGCGCUACCCGACGCGGACUUCGGGAAGACACCAAUUAACCGGCUAACCCAUUGGCAAGCUGUGCAGAGGAAGGUGCAGGAUUUUUGGAAGCGCUGGCGGCUCGAGUAUCUCUCACAGCUUCAAGGACGAUCCAAGCGUUGGUUGCCACCAGUUGCUAUAGAACCAGGUAAACUCGUCGUUGUUUAUGAGGAUAAUUCGCCACCUAUUCAUUGGCGCAUGGGGCGUAUUCAGGAGAUUCACCCAGGCACAGAUGGAGUGGUCAGAGUUGUGACGCUGAAAACUUCAAAGGGUGUUAUCCAGCGACCUGUUGAGAAGAUCUGUCUCCUACCGAUUGCUAAUGACAGCGAAAAUAGAGCAGAGGAUGGAUCGUCAUUGGCUUAA